AUGAUGAAGUCGAUGGUAGCUACAAGUGUUGUAGUGAAGUUAAGAUCCGAGGGUUGGCUUGGAAAAGGGACUUGGAAUGGUGUAGGAGGUUUUUGGAAUUGUAAAGGGUUUGAAUUGUGUGUGAGGUCUAAUGUUACGAGUAGGAAUGGAGUCGAAGCUGAAAUUGUUUGCACAUUUGAUGAUAAUAUAGUUACGGGUGUCGUUAUUGUUGAUCCCGAUUGCAACCUCUUGGAGAAGUUGACUAUCUACAACCAUCCAUAA